UAUAUGACUGCGUGUAGACUCGCUGCCUCCGGAAGUUUACAGUUCCAAUGCAUCGGGUUAGACAGUGCACUUUAAUUUCCCCCACAGCUUUCCCUGACUGACACGAAAGGUGGAAUCCAGUUACAUGUUUUUUCCUUGAGUGGGAGGAUUUAGGAAUCUUGCCAAUAUGUGACUGAAGCAAUGGAACGCUGAGCAAGAAAAGUAACAAUUACUGAACGUCGCAGAAGGAAAACUUUACUUUGAAAAAGGACAGCUCAACACGAUCCAAAUGGCAGAACAGCACUCAGACCUGGAAAAUGCCAUCAACACUUUGGUCACAGAGUUCCAUGCCGCUGCGGCCAAUAAUGGUCCCACGCUCCAAGCCCAAGAGUUCAGAGGCCUCCUAUCCUCCCAGCUGCCCAACUUAGUUACGACUGGAGCGUCAGAGCAGGGCCUGGGCGAGGUGAUGAGACAAAUGGGUGUGAUGGACGGCGAGGGAAUCACCUUCAACCACUUCUGGAGGUUGAUCCAGUCACUGGCCACCACACAGCAUGGUCUACUCUGCAGCGAGGAGGUGUCCAAGUGCUCCUGUGUGCUUCUGUGAAGGCCAUGCCUUCUGACGGUGGUGUGAGCUAGGGGGAACCAGACAGCCUUAUAGUAUGCUACCCAGUGUCAGUACCCCUUCUCACCACACUGCUCCCAUCCAACCCUGGACACUCACAUAUUCCUCACCCCUUCCACUACAGGCCUCUUAUGUACAUUCUCCAUGCUUGGUAGUGCUCCAUGUCAGCAGUGUUCAUCUCUUUGUUCUAUGCCACUUGAUUUACAGGAUUUUUUUGUUGUACUGCCUUAGUGUUAUCGUUGGUGUUGUUUCCAUCCAAAUAUCCCUUCUAUUGAAAUAUCCCCAUUCUCAAACCUUGAAAGACUUUCCUACAGCCCUACUACCAGUCUAACCACUACAAAUAAUCCUUAGAUGACAUAUGACCCAAAGUGAAAUCAGAAAGCCAUGUGCAAGGUUUAGGUGCUAGACAAUGAAAACAUGUAUCUACACACGACAGUACACGUUAGUGGAAAGCUCAUUUGAGCCACCAGUUGUCCACAUACAGUACUGGUGUUGCAGAGUGCCCAUAGCAUGUUUCUUAAAACAAUGUUUUCCACCACUGUGGUAUUGCAGUUUUGUAUUUAUAUUUUCUAAUUCUCUUUAUUCUGGCCCAUGUGAUAACAUACUAAAACAUGACAAGAAAUGAUAUAAUAAAGAUCAAAAGGAAUUGCAACAAUG